UUCUUUUUCUCACUCACCUUAUUCUCUUUCAUUACCUAUAACUUCUAUCUACUUUACUCAUACUAAUAAACAUUAUUAUUAAACAUGGAAGUUACAACUUUGUUUUUCUAUUUUGUUUCUUUUCUCUUCAUUGUUCUGUUCAAAUCACUCAUCAAAUCCUUCUUAUAUCCUUCUAAUGGAAAACAAUUACCUCUUCCUCCUGGUUCUUUGGGUUGGCCUUACAUAGGAGAAACUUUUCAAAUGUAUUCUCAAGACCCAAAUCUUUUCUUUGCCAACAAAAUCAAAAGGUAUGGCUCUAUGUUCAAGUCUCACAUUUUGGGUUGUCCUUGUGUGAUGAUUUCAAGUCCAGAAGCAGCAAAAUUUGUGCUAAACAAAGCUCAACUUUUCAAACCAACUUUUCCAGCUAGCAAAGAAAGGAUGUUAGGGAAACAAGCAAUUUUUUUUCAUCAAGGAACUUAUCAUGCUAACCUAAGAAAGCUUGUUCUUCGAACUUUCAUGCCUGAUUCCAUCAAAAGCAUUGUUACUAACAUUGAAUCCAUUGCACAAACUUGUCUCAAAUCAUGGGAUGGAAAUUUAAUCACCACUUACCUUGAAAUGAAAACUUUCACUUUCAAUGUAGCACUUCUUUCAAUUUUUGGAGAAGAUGAAAUUCUAUACAGAGAAGAUCUAAAAAGAUGCUACUACACACUUGAGAAAGGGUACAAUUCAAUGCCUAUAAACCUUCCAGGAACACUAUUUCACAAAGCUAUGAAAGCAAGGAAAGAGCUAGCUCAGAUCUUGGAACAAAUCAUUUCAACAAGGAGGUGCAAAAAGCAAGAAUAUAAUGAUUUGUUGGGUUCUUUCAUGGAUGAGAAAGCAGGACUAAGUGAUGAGCAAAUAUCAGACAACAUCAUUGGUGUUAUUUUUGCUGCUCGUGACACAACUGCUAGUGUACUUACAUGGAUUCUUAAGUACCUUGGUGAAAAUCCUAGUGUCCUUGAAGCUGUCACAGAAGAACAAAUGUCUAUAUUAAAAAGGAAACAAGAAAGUGGUGAAGAAAUGGGUUUAAAUUGGGCAGACACAAAAAAUAUGCCAAUAACUUCAAGGGUCAUACAAGAGACUCUAAGAGUAGCAUCAAUAUUGUCUUUUACAUUUAGAGAAGCAACAGAAGAUGUUGAAUAUCAAGGGUAUCUUAUACCAAAGGGAUGGAAAGUAUUGCCACUUUUUAGAAACAUACACCAUAGUCCAGAAAAUUUCAAAGAGCCAGAAAAAUUUGAUCCUUCUAGAUUUGAGGUUGCUCCAAAACCUAAUACCUUCAUGCCAUUUGGCAAUGGGUCCCAUGCAUGUCCUGGCAAUGAAUUAGCAAAAUUGGAAAUUUUGGUUUUUGUACAUCAUCUUACAACAAAAUACAGGUGGUCAGUGGUAGGUGAAAAAAAUGGGAUUCAAUAUGGUCCUUUUGCUCUUCCACAAAAUGGGUUACCUAUCAAAUUAUAUUCCAAGAAAUAGAAAAAUAUGUGACUUAAAACAAAAAGAUGGAGGGUAGACAAAUAUAGCAAGGAAGCAAGUUUCUAAAUAUGGAAUGGUUUCAAAAGUUUGUGAAUUUAAUUAAACUGACACAAGAAAGUGGUAAAGAAAAGAAACCAUAUAGCAAAUAAAUAAACAAAGGGAAUUCAAUGCAUGUUCCCUUUAAAUUUUGGCCAAGAGACACCCGAAGGGGCAAAUUUUGACUUUUGAGAUUUAUUGAACAAAUAAGAAGUCAAGUGUACAGAUGUUACAUAACAGUAUGACAUAGCAAGAGCAAAUAGUGUUAAUAAGCUCUUUUUUAAUUUUAUUUUUUUGGUUCAUAGUUUUCUUUUAUUCUUCAGUUUUAGAUGUUAUAUUUUUCUCUGAUUUUAUUUGUUAUUUUCAAAUGUAUUGAGGAAAAGUCCUCAAAAGAUUGGACUAAAUAUAAUGAAGUAAAUUACUUUUAGUUGUGUAUCUCAUA